AGGCGGUCGUCAGGGGCGUGGCGGCAGUUGCCUGGGCGGGGCCGGUAGCGGCGGGAGCUGCGCUGGCCAGGGGUUCCGGCUGUAUUUCUAUGAGAACAGCCGGCAGCGGCGGAGCUGCGGGAACCGGACUCAGGGCGAGCUGGACCGCUGGAGUCAACGAGCGCAGGUUAAUUUGAAUACAAGAUCAGAUCUGAUUGGCCCAACUGUUCAACUCUUCGAGGAAAAUCCACAUUCUCCGUGAGUGGAGUGACGACAUAGAUCAAGAUGAAUGCCAUGCUAGAGACCCCUGAGCUCCCCGCUGUGUUUGAUGGGGUGAAGCUGGCUGCCGUAGCUGCUGUUCUUUAUGUCAUCGUGAGGUGUUUGAACCUGAAGAGCCCCACUGCCCCUCCCGACCUCUACUUCCAGGACACCAGCCUCUCACACUUCCUGCUCAAAUCCUGUCCUCUUCUGACCAAAGAGUACAUUCCACCGCUGAUCUGGGGCAAGAGUGGACAUAUCCAGACAGCCUUGUAUGGGAAGAUGGGAAGGGUGAGGUCCCCACACCCUUACGGGCACCGCAAGUUCAUCACCAUGGCAGACGGAGCCACCUCCACAUUCGAUCUCUUCGAGCCCUUGGCUGAGCACUGUGUUGGAGAUGACAUCACCAUGGUUAUUUGUCCUGGAAUUGCCAAUCACAGCGAGAAGCAGUAUAUCCGAACCUUCGUUGACUAUGCCCAGAAAAAUGGCUACCGGUGCGCAGUGCUGAACCAUCUGGGAGCCCUGCCCAACAUUGAGCUGACCUCCCCACGAAUGUUCACCUAUGGCUGCACAUGGGAAUUUGGAGCCAUGGUGAACUAUAUCAAGAAGACGUAUCCCCAGACCCAGCUGGUUGUCGUGGGCUUCAGCCUGGGUGGUAACAUCGUGUGCAAAUACCUGGGGGAGACGCAGGCAAACCAGGAAAAGGUCUUGUGCUGUGUCAGUGUGUGCCAGGGGUACAGUGCACUGAGGGCCCAGGAGACCUUCAUGCAGUGGGACCAGUGCCGCCGAUUCUACAAUUUCCUCAUGGCUGACAACAUGAAGAAGAUCAUCCUGUCCCACAGACAAGCUCUUUUUGGAGACCAUGUUAAGAAACCCCAGAGCCUGGAGGACACAGACUUGAGCCGGCUCUACACAGCGACAUCCCUGAUGCAGAUUGAUGACAAUGUGAUGAGAAAGUUCCAUGGCUAUAACUCCCUGAAGGAAUAUUAUGAGGAAGAAAGCUGCAUGAGAUACCUGCACAGGAUAUACGUGCCUCUUAUGCUGGUGAAUGCAGCUGAUGACCCCUUGGUGCACGAAAGCCUUCUAAACAUUCCAAAGUCUCUCUCAGAGAAACGGGAGAAUGUCAUGUUUGUGCUGCCUCUGCACGGGGGCCAUCUGGGCUUCUUCGAGGGCUCUGUGCUGUUCCCUGAGCCACUGACAUGGAUGGAUAAGCUCGUGGUGGAGUAUGCCAAUGCCAUUUGCCAAUGGGAAAGGAAUAAGUCCCAGUGCUCAGACUCGGAGCAGGUGGAGGCCGAGGUAGAAUGAGGCCUCUGGACUCUGGUGUGCUCCAGCAGCCCUCCUCUGGAACCCACGGCUGUUUCAGGUCCUCCCCUCUCCCUCAGUGGCCUGGAUCUGACCUCAUACCAUCAGUGGGGGCCACCCAUCAUGCAAUCUGUCUCAAGUAGGCGGCUCUCCCUGGGAGCUCCAGGCUAUUUUUGUGCUUAGUUACGGGUUUUCUCCAUUACGUUGUUAGCCAUGGUGACAAGCUACAAGAUUCUCACCCUUCUGUCCAGUUUCGGUAUCUGAUUGCUUUCACGCCAGUUACAUUAGUUUUCCUACUGAGGAACGCAUCUGAACUGCAGUUUUGCUUUGCCAAUCAAAAGGCCUUUCCCUGAGAACCGUGAAGGAUGUAUGUCACUUUGUGACCGUUGUGUGUGCCCUCUGACCAAUGCUAAAGAAAUGAAUCAGCUUUGGGAGCCUGAGAGCCAGGGGCUUCCUGGGCCUCAGUUUUGCCUCCAAAACAAUGGAGAUGCCCUGAGUCUAAAGCCAAUUCCUUCUCACCAUUUCCUAAGACACCUUCCUCCCACCUUGCUGCUGCUGAGAGUUGCAUGGGGCACUUGUCUAAAAAUUCAGCCUCCCAGAUCCCUCCCCUGGGAGAGGCUGACUCAGUGGGUUAGGGAAGGGGUCUGGGGAUUUUAAUUUUUGACAAGUGCCCCAGGGAAUUCUCAUCACCCAGCAAACUGAGGGAAACACCAUACUACAACGCCUUUAAAUUAGAAACAUCUUGGUGGCUUGUUUAAUUGACACUCAUAAGCCACAGUGUCUUUGCUCCCAGGGACCUCCAAAGCAGCAGGGCCUGAUGUAUGGUUGCCUUUGUCAUCUCUUUGCAGUGUCCCUAAAAGGGAGAAGGCAUUUGGGCUUAGCCCUAGAAACCCAGUUUCUCCCUGGGUUUAUGACCCUGCACAAGUCCCUUUGGACUCUCUUCGCCUACUAAACGGGGGACUUGGACCAGGUAGAUGCUGAGAUGACCACCAGUUCUAAAGUUCAGUGACAAACUCAGUAUACUGAGGUCUGAGAGAACAUCCCUCUGGGGGAGCCUGGGAGUCUGUCUUCCCAGGCUGAGCAUGCAAAUGCCAGGACUUACAAUGUUCCCCUUUCCCCAUUUAAUAUAAAGAGAUUUCAGAGUCUUAAUCACUUGCUUGUAAGUUUAGAUUUUCAUCCCAGGGUCUGCCUAACUCUCUGGGUUUUGAUACCAAACAAUUCAAAAGUUGAAUCUGAGUUUGAAAGAAUGCAUUGCCACCUGAGAGGAGAGGCUGUUCUUUUGAAGCCAGUUUGUAACUAAAUAGCCUCUAUGUUAUGUUUGGAUAAAUCUUUCCAAGGUGUCUUCUUGAGUGGACACAUCACUCUAGGGUUCAAGUACUCUUCUGGAACCCUUGUGGUACUUGAAUCUGUAAGAACCUGCACUUUGAAAAAUCAGUAGUUGCAAUCUGGAAUUAAAUGAAACUAUGGGUGAAUUGCCUGGAUACUGUUUAAAAAAAACAA